UUCAAGUUCAUAAAUACCCUAAUGCUAAGUAUGAAAAAUUCCCUACGUUAAAAGAAGCUCAGGCUUUUAUGUCUGGCGUUAGUAACAGUGAAAAAGAACCCGGAUUAGCGAAUAACAAACCGGUGGAGAAUCAAGACUUAUUUGUCCGUUUGGUAGAAUUAAUUGAAGCAAGACCUGGAAAAACGCAUGUUCCGGGACAUGUUGGAAUUCCAGGUAAUGAAGCAGCUGAUCGAUUAGCUAAUCUAGGUGCACUAAAAGAGGAGGUUGAAACUACGACUGUUUCGUCCGCGGAAAAAAUCUCCCAGAAUUCUAUAAUGAAUUUUACUGAAGAUGACUUUUAUUCACCGGAAGAAUUAACCGAAAUUGCGGCUGAAGUCUAUUCAUUGCGCAGGUGA